UCCAUAUUAUUGUAGCUGAAUUCGCGAGACCUCUUGGAAUGGAAUUCUCGUCAUUUUACGCGUCUAGAACGCCUGUACAUAAUCAUUAUGGUGCUACAAUAUGAAGUUGGUUCGUUGGUUGUUAUUUAUGGGCACGAUUAGCCAACAUAAUAUGUACGUGUAAGUUAGGUAGGUAGGUGGGUAGGUAGGUGCCUAUCUGCUCGACAUCGUUGGCGGCCUGGCGGGGUUCACGCUGCGGCCCGCGAACUGCGGCUGGCGGCCGACGCCGACGGUUCGUCGCCGUCGUUGACGGUCGACCGUCGACGACGUCGAUGGGGAAUAAUCGAAACUACACGGAGAGAAACACGCGUAAAGGAUAUAAUGGUACGCUCGAACGUGACAAAAGUACCCAACGAAUUAUGCGCGCGCACAAAAAAUACGCUGGCGUGCGGAGCGUCGUUUUGUAGCCGGGAACGCGAGCCGCGUCGAUGGCGAUUUUCUUCUCAUCAGUCUGUAUACGUUUAAUGGCGAACGCGCGUGAUUUUUAGUUUAUUUUUUCACGCUCUCUGUGCUCUGUGCUGCCCUAUCGUCGUCGUUCGUAAUCGUAAAAGUGAAAAAAUACGCUUUUUCGGUUUUCAGCAGCCGCGAAAGCCAACAGAAAUCAUGACUUCGUACGAUGAGAAACUGAUUACGGUCGUUUCGCAGCAUCCAGUAUUGUAUAAUCACAUGAGAAGCGAUUACAAGAGUACUGAAAUUAAAGCCGAAGCGUGGGAAGCCGUCAGACAAUGUUUGGAUACGAAUGAACCUGUGGAAAAAAUCAGGCAACGCUGGAAAUCGAUCCGAGACUCGUACGUCAAGUUUUUAAACAAACUGGAGAAAGCCGGCAAUGGUUUGAGAAUCAAACCGUACAAAUUCGAAAAACACUUGAAGUUUUUGGAUCCUUUCAUCUGCCAGCCUAAAGAUGGCAGUCAGAUGUUAUUCGAUAGCGACGAUACCCAAAUCGAGUCACCGGAUCAAGUCCUGUCGGUAUCGCAUAUUAAAAUGGAAGAAGAAACCACGACCGGCAAUUCGCGUAAAAGGAAAUGUAAAGAAAACAGCUCGUACUACGCCUUGGAUAACGGUUACGCUUCUAUGAACCAAGACUACCGAAUGUACCCGCAAAUGGACGACCUAGACUUAUUCUUUCUGAGUAUUUCGCAAACGAUGAAGAAGCUCAAACCAUUAACGGUGGCUAAAUUGAAAAAACAGAUAUCCAAUUUAGCGACGGAUGCCGAAAUUCGCGAGCUAGAAGAAGUAGAUCAGUACGCCAUGUUGGGUGAUCAGUACAAUUAGAAAAAACUUUCAUUUGUGAUAAAUCCUAUUUACCCAUACCUUUACUUUACCUACCUACUCUUCACUAUUCUCGAAUUGUUUGUUUACUAUGUAAGGGUUUUUUUUCUUUUCUAUUGUCAAAAUUCGACUGAUUUUUAUUUUUUAUUAAGGAACUUAUUUUAAUAAGCCUCUAUGUCCCACCUCAAUGUUUGUAAGGAAGUAAUUUGAUGAUUCGAUGUGUUUUAUAUUUUAGGUAAUUAUUAAUAUGUAUUGGCGUGUGAUUGUUUAUGUUACUCGUACUAUGUUUACAUUGUUCACGUUACCAUCGUCGUUAUAAGCUUUUGAGAGAAUAAUCGUUUGUCGACAAUCAACGUUAAUAAUUCGGUGGUAUUUUUAUUUUAUUUCCGGUUACGAUUGCCAUCGAUUCGUAUGGUUUUUAUAUAUAAAAAACAGCUACCUGUAUCUAACAUGCUGAAAUAAUUUUUCUGUUAUUCGAGUUAAUUCAAUUAGAAGUAUGUAAUCGAAGCUCAACUGCUCAGAGAUGUCGAUUUAGUGAUUUGUAAAGUCGUGAGAUUACUUUCGAGUUUUAUUAUGUCAUUUCUCUACGACGACGAUAAGUUAAGUUUACAUAUAUUAUUUCUCAACGUUGUGUGUUUUUUUUGAGUUCGUUUCUAUUUUUUAAAAUUUAAUGAUCUCUGUAAUUAAAUAAAUUUUCGUUUACGUAAA